CAGUUUCCAUGGAAACCCACAGGUUUCCCACCCAGCGGCUGUCUGGGCAGGCUCCCAGCCUGGGCCUCCCUCAUCCACCACUCUUCUCCAGCCUCAGCUUCUUUGCGUCCUCUCUGCCUGCAGCCCUUCACUGAACCUCAGGCCUUCUUUAGGGGCCGAGACCUCCUCUUAAACUUCAGCUCCUCACAAACAGGCCUCCACAGCUUCUGCUCUUCUUCUCAGGCCUCUCUUGCCUGCUAGGUCAUUCCCCCCUUUGUUCUGUUGCUCAUCCCACACAUGGAGAACCCAGGACUGAUUGUGCAUGGGCGGGCUGCACCCUUUUCCACAGCACUCCGAAGCCUUGUCAACAAUCCCCGGUACAGCGAUGUUUGCUUUGUUGUUGGUCAAGAACGGCAAGAGGUGUUUGCCCACCGGUGUUUGUUGGCCUGUAGAUGCAACUUCUUCCAGAGACUUUUGGGCACAGAGCCGGGCCUUGGGGUACCUAGUCCUGUGGUGCUAAGCACUGUGCCAGCCGAGGCCUUCUUAGCUGUGCUGGAGUUCCUGUAUACCAACAGUGUCAAGCUGCACCGAUACUCUGUGCUGGAAGUGCUGACAGCAGCUGUGGAAUAUGGGCUGGAGGAACUUCGAGAGUUAUGCCUGGAGUUUGUGGUGAAGGUGCUGGAUGUGGAGUUGGUUUGUGAGGCCCUGCAGGUUGCUGUAACCUUUGGCCUGGGGCCGCUGCAGGAGCGGUGCAUAGCCUUCAUAGAGGCUCACAGCCAGGAGGCGCUCCGCACCCGUGGCUUCCUGGAGCUGUCGGCCACUGCGCUGCUGCCGGUGUUACGCAGUGACAAGCUCUGCGUGGACGAGGCUGAGCUGGUCCAGGCAGCCCGAAGCUGGGCGCGCGUGGGCGCCGCGGUGUUGGAGCGACCGGUGGCCGAGGUGGCGGCUCCAGUGGUUCGAGAGCUGAGACUAGCCUUGCUGGCUCCAGCGGAGCUGAGCGCCCUGGAAGAGCAGAACCGACGGGAGCCGUUCAUCCCGGGGGAGCAAAUUGUGGAGGCGUGGAAGUGCCACGCCCUACGGAGAGGAGAUGCGGCCCGGGACGCACCGUGCAGACGGCGAAGGGGAACUUUACCCCGGGAUCACCACCGGUUUCUGGACCUUCGGUUCAAAUGACCUACUUCCGGAACGUGGGAGGAUUUUGAUCUCACCCCAAACUACAGCUCCCGAGGUGCUCUGCGCUCGAGGCGAGCUUCCGCCCCCAGCAGGCCUAGCGAGCCGGGGGUCGGGAGGACCGUUCCCCGUCUGAAGCAAAACCCAAAGCCUCCGCCUAGAAGUAGGGGCGGGGUAGUGGGCCAGAGGUUGGGGCUGUACAGUGAGCUCGGGUGACGCCCCGAGGCCGGAAGUGAGGGUGUCCUUUGUUCCGUGAGCUCACCCCGCAUCCUGCUGCCGGUCUGUCCUCUGUGUCUCUGUAUUCGGAUGACUCUGGUAUCUAUUUAGCUCAUCGUCUUUAAAACAAAUCGGCUUCCUGGC